AUGGCUAGUGAUGACGCUUACACUGUAUCAACUGUUCUAUUCCGUAUGCUUUCUAGCUAUGGCAGCUGUGACACUCUUGUGUCAGGCAGAGGAACGGAAUUCACAUCGAGGGUUACGCAGGAGUUGUGUCGUUUGUUUGACGUGAAACAGGAAUUUACCCCUAGCUUUGUGCAUCACUGCCUCGGAGCAUGUGAAAGGACCCAUUCUACGCUUGCAGCUAAGCUUACCCCGUACAUGAACAAUACUCGAUCUAAUUGGGAGGAUAUGAUUCCUUCCCUAGCAGCAGCAAUGAACAUGUCAGUGAAUAGUUCAACCGGUUACUCUCCAUAUGAAAUCCUCUAUGGUCAACGACCCAGUUUUCCUUUGUCUACUCACAUCCCUACAUCAGAUUUGCAUACUUUGUCCAAGGACAUGCAUUCUUAUGUGGAAGGCCUCCAAACACGUCUCCAGUGUAUAAGGAAGGAGAUGUUGGACAAUGUUAAAACUGCUCCGGACCGUAUGCUUACUACGACCAAUUCCACAGCACGGCCACUCCAACUAGCUGUUGAGGAUGUGGGAGUACAGGUUGCUCUCCCAGCACCUGAACACGACAGUAGUGAUGAGACUUUGACCUCGGGCUCACGUAGUUCAGAGGAAUCUUCCUCCUCAGCAACCAAUAUACCGGUUCCAGCACCGAUGCGUCCUGUGAGACACAAACAAAAGCCUCUUCGCUUUCGUGACAAUAACCAUGUCAACCCUUUAGCAGAUGCUCACAUCUCAGUUUCCUCUGACACAGACGGGUUACACAAGAUAAAGCGUGUGAUUGCCCAGAGACACUUACCUUCAGGUUCUGAGUACCUCAUCCAGAUUGUGGGCGAACCAGCGCAGAAUGCAGUUUGGGUCAGAGAGAACUCUUUAAACGUUAAAGCUCGUAAGGCUAUUAAUAGGAGACCUCCUCCUGUAGUCCCAUGA